ACCACUUUGUUGGUAGCCGUUCACUUCAUUGCCACGAUCAGAUUCCCCAUCUGUAUCUGAAACAUCUUUCUCUUUAUGUCCCACUCAAUUUCAGACUUUACCUGCCUGCUACUCUAUUUAGGUUUUCCUCCUUACACAUUUUAUCUCAUUCUCCAUUUCCGCAGUGUGAACUCCUACUGCUUUUUUCUCUUACCCUGAUCUAUUCUGUCUUCUCUUUACGCUCUUGCAUUGGGCAAGAAUUGCUGCUCUGCAUUUUGUCCCUCGGAAAACGAGAUUGCAAUGGAUCUGGGCUUUCUCGAAGAACUUGUGCGAAAUGUCAUUCAUGUGGACCACUUAAUCUACAUCUUUGAUCAGCAUCUUCAAGCCAUCGCCGCUAAAAAUGAGAGAAAAUUUUUGCAGGCCCAACAGAAUAGGUUUACGCAGCUAGUAGAUCACCAUGUCUCUGCUGAAAGAAAGAGGCUCGAUGAAGUAGUUGACUUCAUUUUUGACGGAUGUGCUCAAUAUCUAGCACAAAUGGAAUCUCACAGGCUUUAUAGGGUUUUUCAAGAUUCUGUGGAUGUUGGGGAUCUACAAAAGCUUGAGUCAGAAAUACGAAAUACAGAUCUCAGUCUUGGGGCUGUGAUUGGUGUUUUGAAUAAGACUCCUCGCUUAUUUCCUCCAACAGAGGGACAUGAUCCUAAAUCAGUUGGGAGAGAAGUCGCAAAAUAUAGAAUAAUUAAGAAAAUGGAUCCAACCGAUGAUUUAAAGAGAGCUGUUUUAAUUUACGGUAUUGGAGGCAUUGGGAAAACAAAUCUAGCAUCUGAGGUCUUUAAGACUCUCGACCUUAAGGCCUACAAAUACUGCAGGCUCGAUAUGGAUGAGAACUGUUCCAACGAUGUUAUCAAGCACCUUCAGCAGCAGAUCUUGAGAGAUUUGUUUGGCCAAGGGAACGUCGUGUCGAACAGUUAUGAGCAUGGUCAGAACCAAUUAAGAGAGGCUUUUAGAAUAAACAGCAUUGAUCGCAUAGUCAUGUUUAUUAACAGUGGCUUCGCAGUGCUAACUGAUCUGUCCUGCCUUCCUAGUGGGAUGAGGAUUCUUUUAACCACCAGAAAGCUUGAUCAGACUGAUUUGUCUUGCUUUUCCAGUGGGAUGAGGAUUCUUGUAACCACCAGAAAGCUUGAUCAGAUUGAUUUGUCUUGUUUUUCUAGUGGGACGAGGAUUCUUGUGACCACCAGAAAGCUUUAUCAGAAUGGAAUGAGGAUUCUUCUAACCAUUAGAAAGCUUGAUCAGACAGACAAGUUUUCACGAACAGAUUUUGAAGGCGUUCCAUACGAGGUAGGCAGUGUCAAGGCAUUUUAAUUUCCAGACAUUAUUUCCAGACAUAGAGAGCAUAGUUAUGGAGGAUAUUGUAAAUAUGUGUGAUGGGAUUCCUUUACUUGUAGAAUUAGUUUGGUACAAAUUUAGACAGUAUCUUUUGAGGGCCUCAGAUGUUAAGCCUCUUAAGGAAUUCCUCAAGGAAUCUGUAGCAGCUGGUGUAGCCAUUGAA